AUGUCUGACUCUUCCAGACCAAAAUCAACUGGUCACGGGCAAGCCAAGCGUUCCACAUCUGGUGACAAUGUGAAGGUUGUGGUGAGGAUACGACCGCCAAAUGAGGCAGAAGGAGAAAGGUUCCACAGUGUGACGGAAGCAAUAAGUGAUCACAUGCUUGUUUUUGAUCCCAAAGUUCAGAGGCCUAUGGGAUUUCUCCCUCCUAACCACAGAGAUGUCAAUCGGAGACGCUUCAAAGAUCUCAAGUAUGCUUUUGAUUAUGUGUUUGGUCCUUCUUCGUCGAACAAAGAUGUCUUUGAACAGACCACAGGGAGCAUUGUGAAAGGAGUCCUCAAUGGAUACAAUUGUAGCGUAUUUGCCUAUGGUGCAACAGGAGCUGGGAAAACGCACACAAUGUUGGGCAAUUCUCAGGAGCCAGGAGUCAUCUACCACACCAUGAUCGAUCUCUACAAAAGGAUCAACGAACAAAGAGACGAAAAGUGCUUUGAUGUUGCUGUCUCCUACUCUGAGGUUUACAAUGAACAAGUUCGGGAUUUGUUGAUGCCGCGGGGAAACUUGCCCAUAAGAGAGGAUAAAACAGUUGGAGUGAUCAUUGCUGGUCUAUCUCUACAUAAGCCAAAGUCUGCUGAAGAGUUGCUUCACAUGCUGCACUUUGGCAACAAGAAUAGAACACAGCAUCCAACAGAUGCAAAUGCGGAGUCUUCCAGGUCCCAUGCAGUGUUCCAGGUGUUUGUGAACCAGCGUCAGAGAUGCUCCAACUUCAAUUCGGAAGUCAAGAUGGCCAAGAUGUGUCUGGUGGACCUGGCUGGCUCGGAGCGGGCCACCCACACCACCAACCAGGGCGCCAGGUUCCGGGAAGGGGCCAACAUCAACCGCUCGCUCCUGGCGCUUGGCAAUGUCAUCAACGCUUUGGCCGACAACAAAUUCAAAGGUCACAUUCCGUACCGAGACAGCAAGCUAACGAGACUGCUGAAAGAUUCCCUCGGGGGUAACUGCCACACUGUGAUGAUAGCAGCGGUCAGCCCUUCUAGUCGAUCAUUUGAGGACACGUACAACACUUUGAGAUACGCAGACAGAGCCAAACAUAUACGAGCGGAUGUAAGUAGAUGGGCGGGGAAAGAUCUUGUCAGUUUGUUAAUGUUUUAACAACACUUAAUUUGC